AUGGAAAAUUGUCUUCACCACCUUACAAUCAAAGGAUUCUUCUUCACGAAACCUAUUUCUUUUUCAUCCUCUUCUUCUUCUUUCAACUUUAGGUGCAGCAACAACAGCAAGGUGAUUAAGGCGAGUGCUGGAGCUAGCCACUGUCCGUUCAGUAGUUUGAACUCUCCUUUGUUACCACAAUCCACCGUUGGGAAUUAUCUUAGCGGUGUUUUGCAGAAUCAUCGUAAUCUCUUUCAUGUUGCCGUUCAAGAAGAACUUAAACUAUUGGCUGAUGAUCGAGAUGCUGCGGUUUCUCGUAUGAUCCUUAGUUCUGAUUCCGAUCAAGCCUUGCUUCACAGGAGGAUUGCAGAAAUAAAAGAGAAUCAAUGUGAAGUUGCUGUUGAAGAUGUUAUGUCCUUGUUGAUAUUUUACAAGUUUUCCGAAAUUCGGGUCCCUUUGGUUCCAAAGCUUUCGAGUUGUCUUUACAAUGGAAGGCUAGAGAUAUUGCCUUCUAAAGAUUGGGAGCUAGAGUCUAUUCAUACAUUAGAAGUUUUGGAUAUGAUAAGGGAGCACAUAACCACCGUGACCGGCUUGAAAGCAAAACCUAGUGUAACAGAAAGUUGGGCAACUACCAAAGUUCGACAAUUCUUACUCGCGCGUGUAUACGUCGCUUCAAUAUUAUACGGCUACUUUUUGAAAUCGGUUUCGCUAAGAUACCAUCUAGAAAGAAACCUAAAUUUGGCUAACAAUGAUGUUCAUCUUGGUCAUAGGACUACUAACCUCUCAUUUAAAGAUAUGUAUUCUUAUGGAUUCGAGGAAGAUAUCUUUGGUCAUUUGAGUAACAUGCAAUCGAUCGAGCACGGGCAAGGACAAGGGCUAAUUCGAUACGAAGAGGAAAUUGAAGAUUUGAAGUGUUAUGUUAUGAAGUUUCACCCGGGAUCGUUGCAGAGAUGUGCUAAGUUGAGGUCUAAGGAGGCUGUGAAUUUGGUUAGGAGUUAUAGUUGUGCACUUUUUAACAAUGAAGGGUUUGAUUCUGUUGAAAAUGAUGAUGUUAUUUUGACUUCAUUUUCAAGUUUGAAGAGACUAGUCUUGGAAGCUGUUGCUUUUGGAUCAUUCUUGUGGGAAACUGAAGAUUACAUUGACAAUGUAUAUAAGCUUAAGGAUCAUUAA